AGCUUUAACUGAGGUCACACUCACCAGCCAACUCAUGGAGAGAGAGAGAGAGAGGCGCCUAUAGGUUUCCUACACUUCUUCCUUUGACAGCAGAAGAUAAUAUAGUUGAAUAGAGAUAUUAUUCAGUAUCAGUACAGUGUGAUCAUGCAGUACCAACACAGUGCGCCUUCAGCCAUGGGUGUUCCUCUUUACGCGCCGACCCCUAUCCAACCCGUCCACCCAACUCCUUUCUACAUCGAAGACAUCCUGGGGAGAAAUGAGACCCUGACCCAGUCUUCAGCGGUGGUCUCCACGCCAAAUCUACCGUCACCCAAUUCAUCCUUCACCAGUUUGGUCUCUCCGUACCGGACCCCCAUCUAUGAACCGACACCGAUCCACCCUGCGUUCUCUCACCACGCUGCGCUCACCGCCACGUAUGCCUCCGGGGCUUUCGCUAAUUCACUGUAUCCAUUCCACCGCUCUAUGGGGGACUAUACUCUGAUCAGGCACGACCCGCUUGGUAAACAACUUCUAUGGAGCCCGUUCAUUCAGCGUCCACUGCACAAGAGAAAAGGUGGACAAGUCCGAUUCUCCAACGACCAGACAAUAGAGCUGGAAAAGAAGUUUGAGACACAGAAAUACCUUUCACCCCCCGAACGAAAACGACUGGCUAAAAUGUUGCAACUGAGUGAACGACAGGUGAAGACGUGGUUCCAAAAUCGAAGAGCCAAGUGGAGGCGACUGAAGCAGGAGAACCCUACCGGCAGUAAGACAGAUCUGGAGGACGAUAGCACCGGGAGAAACUGCGAGGAGGGACCGGAGUCCGGUGUGAGCCUCAGUCCGGGCCGGGACCAGAGAUGUAGGGCUACAGAGAUGACGCACACUCACAGUCGGUUGCAGUGUUCCACGUCGCCUCUAUCACAAGGACAAAUAGAGUCAGACAUUUCAGACGAUACAGACCAAGAGCUGGACAUAGAAGAUGACAUGGAGUUCCCACUGAAUCCACCGAUAUGAAGUCAUCAGAUCAGUGUUUACAGGUCAAUCUGGACGUUGUCCCACUGGGUGACUGACGGCCCGGGAAGAGGACCAAUAGCCCGUCAGUAAACAUUGUUGUAGCAUCUUUCUGGGACAUAGAUUUGUUUUUGUAUAUAAAUACCUGUAUAUUUUGUGAUGUUGUUUUAUUGUCAUUAUGAGUUUAAAAAAAAUAAAAAUUAAUUGAGCAAAAAAUGAGCGUCGGAACGGUUAGGCAUGUUUUACUCUAGGACGCCCACAAACCUCACUGGACGUGAACGUGAGCAUUUCACGGUACUGACGUAUACAAUUUGAUAUGAAGAUCCCCUCGUACCGGUUAAAAACACGAAAGGACGUAUGUGGAAGUAGUUUAGUGACAUUUAUUUUUUGUUAAAUAUUGGUACAAGUAUUAAAAUACAAUCCUGAUCUUUCUUAUACCUCUCAGAUAUAGGACAGACACUUUAAAACAACCUUCCUUUUGAUGCAUUUUUUUGUUGUCGACUAAAUCAAAAAGCUAAAUGUUUCUUGGUAUGACCAUCUUAACACAAUUCCAUAUGUUAGUUUAGUAGAACCCUUUUGAAAUACACUCUUAAUUAAACUAACGAUAUCUGGGCUGCGUCUCAAUAUACCACAUCCGCGGAUUUUGGCGCUGAUUUUGGGGCUGAUUCUGACGCUGGUUUUGGCGCUGGUUCUGGGUUUUGUAGAUGGGAUGCAGUUUAUGUCAGAAUUUACCAUAAUUGACUUUUGCGUAGCAGGUGUGUUUGUCAGACCAUUACGUGACGUCCCAAAAAUCUGUCUUCUCAGGAAAAUGUCUCCAGAGUCUAAACAGUUUUGUUUUGCUUUACCACGCCCACAAGACUGUCUGAAGGGAACCCAGACCUGACUGUCUGAAGGGAACCCAGACCUGACUGUCUGAAGGGAAUCCAGACCUGACUGUCUGAAGGGAACCCAGACCUGACUGUCUGAAGGGAAUCCAGACCUGACUGUCUGAAGGGAACCCAGACCUGACUGUCUGAAGGGAAUCCAGACCUGACUGUCUGAAGGGAACCCAGACCUGACUGUCUGAAGGGAACCCAGACCUGACUGUCUGAAGGGAACCCAGACCUGACUGUCUGAAGGGAACCCAGUACUGACUGUCUGAAGGGAACCCAGACCUGGCUGUUUGAAGGGAACCCAGUACUGACUGUCUGAAGGGAACCCAGACCUGACGGUCUGAAGGGAACCCAGACCUGACUGUCUGAAGGGAACCCAGACCUGACUGUUUGAAGGGAACCCAGUACUGACUGUCUGAAGGGAACCAGACCUGACUGUCUGAAGGGAACCCAGACCUGACUGUCUGAAGGGAACCCAGACCUGACUGUUUGAAGGGAACCCAGUACUGACUGUCUGAAGGGAACCCAGACCUGACGGUCUGAAGGGAACCCAGACCUGACUGUCUGAAGGGAACCCAGACCUGACUGUUUGAAGGGAACCCAGACCUGACUGUCUGAAGGGAACCCAGACCUGACUGUCUGAAGGGAACUUAGUACUGGGCCAGGAAAAUGACUGGUGAAGUGAAAAGGCUAUUUCUACGCCAAAGGGUCAUUCCACAGUUAAACUAUUAUAAAUCAAUCCUGAGCUUUCUUAUAGUGCUCAGAUAUAAGACAGACACCUCAAAACAUACUUAUUGUUUUAAAUGUAAUUUAGUUGCCUGUCUGACCAUCACUAGCCACAUCUCAGAAUGUCCUUUUGGUUGAAAAGGCCUUGUCUGUUGGGUUUUCUCCGUCGAAUGGAAAGCCUUUAGAAAUGUAUUCUAAACUCAGUGUAUUUUUCAUAGAUUAUUAAUAAACAGUAUUUAGUGAUAAGAAAUCUUCAUUAAUCUUGAUGAUUAUUGAACACUCGUAUCGUCACGAUAAGGGAUCAUGCAUAACCAACUGGUGACUCAUUGUCGUCACGAUAAGGGACCAUGCCCGACCAACUGGUGACCCAUUGGAGGGGAGAAAAGUCCAUGUCAGUGUGUAAUGACACUUCAGUGAUAAAGACGUGUUGUCGUCAGAUAUUCACUUGGACAUUUUAACAGCUUCUGUGCGUCAUCACUUGGUUGCUGAGAAAAGACGAGGGAUGUGUCAAGUGUCUUUAUCACGUCUUCAGUUCAAUAUAGCUUCCUGGAUCCCCUUAGUUACCAAUAGAAAUACUGGUAGAAACAAGGCUUCCAAAACGGUUCUUCAGCUGUCCCCGUACCAUAACCCUGUUGGGUUCCAGGUAGAGCCCUUUUUGGGUUCCAGGUAGAACCCCUUUGGGUUCCAGGUAGAACCCUUUUUGGUUCCAGGUAGAACCCUUUUUGGUUCCAGGUAGAACACUUUUUUGUUCCAUGUAGAACCCUCUGUAGAAAGGGUUCUCCUAUGGGGACAGCUGAAGACCCCUUAAAGGUUCUAGAUAGCACAUUUUUCUUGUCUAAGAGUGUAUCUUCCUUUUAAGUUAAAAAUUAAUUUCCUUGUAAAUGUGCUCAAUGGUUUCUACUCUAUUCCUAUUGGUUAUUGACUAAAUCCAUGUUAUGAGUGUGAAUACAGGACAUGCCUUCCAUUUCCAGGAAGCCUAUUUCCUGUUGAAUCAUCAGGAUGUAGACCUGGUACAUUGUUCAUCACAGCUCUGUUGAAUCAGGAUGUAGGCCUGGUACAUUGUCCAACACAGCUCUGUUGAAUCAUCAGGAUGUAGACCUGGUACAUUGUCCAACACAGCUCUGUUGAAUCAGGAUGUAGACCUGGUACAUUGUUCAACAACACAGCUCUGUUGAAUCAUCAGGAUGUAGACCUGGUACAUUGUCCAACAUAGCUCUGUUGAAUCAGGAUGUAGACCUGGUACAUUGUCCAACAACACAGCUCUGUUGAAUCAUCAGGAUGUAGACCUGGUACGUUGUUCAACACAGCUCUGUUGAAUCAGGAUGUAGACCUGGUACAUUGUCCAACAACACAGCUCUGUUGAAUCAGGAUGUAGACCUGGUACAUUGUCCAACACAGCUCUGUUGAAUCAUCAGGAUGUAGACCUGGUACAUUGUUCAUCACAGCUCUGUUGAAUCAUCAGGAUGUAGACCUGGUACAUUGUUCAUCACAGCUCUGUUGAAUCAGGAUGUAGACCUGGUACAUUGUCCAACACAGCUCUGUUGAAUCAGGAUGUAGACCUGGUACAUUGUUCAACAACACAGCUCUGUUGAAUCAUCAGGAUGUAGACCUGGUACAUUGUCCAACACAGCUCUGUUGAAUCAUCAGGAUGUAGACCUGGUACAUUAUUCAACACAGCUCUGUUGAAUCAGGAUGUAGACCUGGUACAUUGUCCAAUACAGCUCUGUUGAAUCAUCAGGAUGUAGACCUGGUACAUUGUCCAACACAGCUCUGUUGAAUCAUCAGGAUGUAGACCUGGUACAUUGUCCAACACAGCUCUGUUGAAUCAUCAGGAUGUAGACCUGGUACAUUGUCCAACACAGCUCUGUUGAAUCAUCAGGAUGUAGACCUGGUACAUUGUUCAACACAGCUCUGUUGAAUCAGGAUGUAGACCUGGUACAUUGUUCAACACAGCUCUGUUGAAUCAUCAGGAUGUAGACCUGGUACAUUGUCCAACACAGCUCUGUUGAAUCAUCAGGAUGUAGACCUGGUACAUUGUUCAACAACACAGCUCUGUUGAAUCAGGAUGUAGACCUGGUACAUUGUUCAACACAGCUCUGUUGAAUCAUCAGGAUGUAGACCUGGUACAUUGUUCAACACAGCUCUGUUGAAUCAUCAGGAUGUAGACCUGGUACAUUGUUCAACACAGCUCUGUUGAAUCAUCAGGAUGUAGACCUGGUACAUUGUUCAACACAGCUCUGUUGAAUCAGGAUGUAGACCUGGUACAUUGUUCAACACAGCUCUGCUCUUCAUCCACUCCUCUACCUGCAGAUUGAACAUUACAUAGCUUCUCAUUCAGCAGAAAGACAAACCCCUACAGAGUUUACAUGAAGCAAUAUGACCUGCAAUGAACUAAGCUCUGAGAGUGUGUGAUAAAUAUUUAAACUGUAUGCACCUACGUGAAUACUCAUCGGGUUCAAUGGCCCGUAGAUCACCUAGACCAUCCCAAAACCAAUAGAAUGUACAUUGAUUUUCACCUGUAUUGUGUAAUGGUUCACAAAUUGUGCUCAAUAGAAUCAACAACGGUGAAAGAACACACAGUUUGGUCUGUGGAUAUUAGGUGAAACAUUGAGUGGAUUGCUUCAGGCUCCAAAGGCCCCGUCUGAUAGACAUAUAAAUAAAUAGAGUCCCUCA